CCUAAUCGAUCCUGCAACUCCUCACAACCACAAUCCACCAAACUCCUACGAUCUUCAGAAGAGAGAUUGCGAACAAGAGCAAACACUGCUACACAGCCGCAAGGAGCACAGCAAAUCAUGUCCAAAACUUCAGUGGGUGAUGUCUAUGCCAAAGUGAUCAACGAUGUCUGCGAGCAAUCACGUCAAGAUUUCGAAGAAGGCGGCGUCGAACUGGCAACACUGGACCUUUUGAAGUCGGAAUGGCAGAAGAAACUCUCAGGCCUCAGAGUCGCUCAACUGCCAUGGGAUCCUCCUCCAGUGUCAGCCAAAGAACAACCCCUCCCAAGUAACGCCAAACCCAUCCCAUCACAGACACUGCCCAGCAAUGGCAACGCCAUCAACACCCCUCCGCCUCCGCCACAGGUCCCCUCACAGCCUGCUAUCAAGACCGAAAACAAUCCAGCACCUUCCUUCCCUCCUCAACCUCUCCCCGUCCAGACAUAUCAAGCCCCUUCUUUCCAACAAGGUCAACCCAUGACGGCACGUGACCGUGCUGCUAUGAACUUACAUCAGAGCUUUGGUCAACGCGCCGGUCCACAGAUUGCUCAGCUUCAGUCAACUCAGCCUCGUGUACCUUUACAAUCCUCGGCGGCUGCAUCAUCAAGCUAUAUCAAGCAGGAAGACUCGCAAACGCCCUUUCCUGGAGUUCAAGAUUAUCCUUCCGCACCAUCCUCGGCUCCUCUCAAAUCGAGUCAAACUGAUGGCACAGGUGAUGCUCGGGACGAUUGGAACAGCGAGUAUGCACAACGCAAAGCAUAUGCCACCGCACACGGCGCUGAAGGCGAUCGAUUGAUCAGAGCGCAUUUCAAGUCCAGCCAGCAGGCGAUGGAGGGUGGCGGUCUUCUCUUGGCUCUUGACGAGCGACAUAUGCCAAGCCAAGCAACCACACGUAAAGUCAACAGUCUUGCAGGAGAAGGGUCUACGCAACCAUCGGCACCUCCCUGCAUCACUCGGGCCCAGGGCGAUGCAGCAGGCGACGAAGAUGACGAUGUGGACGACGAAGACGCUAUCAAUUCCGACCUCGACGACCCAGACGAUCUUGCGGCAAAUGAGGAGAACGGAGAGGAUACUGACCAAGUCAUGCUGUGUACCUACGAUAAGGUCCAACGCGUCAAGAACAAGUGGAAGUGUACUUUGAAGGAUGGCAUCCUGCGAGUGGAGGGCAAUGAGUACGUUUUUCACAAGGGCCAGGGUGAAUUUGAGUGGUAACGACGCAUCUCAAUCGACAAUCACUCGUCUUUGUCUCCACCAGCUUAGACACAUCAGACAGCAUGACUGUAAGCAUGACAU